AUGUAUUCAAAUUUUCUGCUGUUGUUGCUGCCCUUCCCAGUGCUGGCCACCAUUGCACACGUACAGAACACAGGCAAACCAGACGACCCAACAUUGCCGCGCUUCCUGGAGAAUGUCCCGAACAUCACCCAGACGGUGGGCAGGGAUGCGCUGCUGCACUGCAAUGUUGACCAGCUCAAGAGUUAUAAGGUUGCGUGGGUACAGGUCGACACGCAGACUAUCCUAACCAUCCACAAGCAAGUGAUCACCCGCAACCCCAGGAUAUCGCUCCUACACGACGAUCACAAGUCCUGGCACCUCAAGAUAGAGAAUGUCCAGGAGAAGGAUCGAGGAUAUUACAUGUGUCAAGUCAACACGGAUCCUAUGAGGUUCAGGCAGGGAUACCUAGAUGUUGUUGUUCCCCCUGACAUCCUGGACCGCGAGUCAUCAGGAGAUCUGACGGUGCGGGAGGGCGAUGACGUCACCCUUCAAUGCAAGGCCAGAGGGCACCCCCACCCCACCAUCACCUGGAGGCGGGAGGACGGCAAUCCACUCCACCCACUGCCGGAGAACCCAGGCACAGAAGCCACCAAAGAGCUGCAGAAAUACCCUAAAUUUCCCACCGUAUUCUCACCGCACAGAGGCCACCGAGGAGCUGCAGAAAUACCCUUAAUUUCCCACCGUAUUCUCACCGCAUUCUCACCGUNGUUCCCCCCGAUGACGUGGGUCCCCCACCAGCUGGAGGGGGCGUACGUGGGGCAGGAGCUGACGAUAGAGUGCCACACCGAGGCGAGCCCCAAGUCUAUCAACUACUGGACCAAUGGCAACGGCGAAAUGAUCAUAUCAGACGACCACUACGAGAGCAUCCUGAUCGAGAGCUCGUACAAGAUCUACAUGAAGCUGCGCAUCCACCGCAUACGAGACGGGGACUUCGGCAACUACUCCUGCAUAGCCAAGAACUCCCUGGGCCAGACAGACGGGUCCAUCAGAGUGUACAAGAUCGAGCCGCCGGCCACGGAGCCGACGUACAGCCUGACAGGCCUGGACGUGCACUACCCUGGCUACGGUGAUGACCUGGGGCCGGAGUAUGGCGUCGUGGAGACACAUACUACAGCCCCUAACUUCAUUAAUAGAGAGCGGCAGCACAGCGGCAAGUACGAGAGUUCAGGAGUGAACGACAUCACCGGCACCAACCGACACUCCAAGCAGCAACCUCGAGACCCCAAAGGCCACUACCACCGUAGGCCCUCGGACUUCAUGUUCCCUCUGCCCGGCGGGUCCGGAGCCCGAGCCUGCGGUCCCGCUGUGCUGAUGUUGUGGGCCAGCGUCUCUGUGGUCGCGGGACACGCGCUUAGAACGCGCGUUCAUAUCCAACUAAGGCGUUAUAAUUAA